AUGUCGGCCCCUAUCAGACGAACGAUUAAGCAGGUUAAGCUUCAAAUCUACGAUACUCUUGAACUUGAGCAACCCAUCAUUGGCGGCGGCCUUCGAAUCCACAAUGCUCUUGAACUCGAGCAACCUAUUCUUGACGGCAUCUUUUGUACUAUCAAAGUGAAAGCUCGGCCCUUCUCUGAGAAGCUUCGAUUCGCAACAAUUAGCGAUGCGCAAGGUUUCAAGAUUAAGCUAGUCAAGCUUCAGAAUGCUAUGCUCGAUCAACAAAAGCAACAAGACAUCGAUAGGUCUCAGGUUGCUGACAAUACUGAGGAAAGAAAGGCAGAAGACGACGGCGAAGCAAGAGAAUACCAUGCUGCCCUUCUAAUUACAGACAACACUUUUCUGACAUUAGACAACUUUAGAGUAAUUUAG